AAGGGAAAUGGAAGGUUAACGCUCAUAAGAUAUAUACGUUUGUCUUUAUCUCUUACACGUUAGUCCUCUUUGGUCCUCUUAUUACUACGAAUCAGCUGCGGGUGGGAGUGCGUGGUUCUGAAGUAAGAAGUCGCCGUACCUCAUAGACGAUCGGACAACAUUUAAUAGGAUACUAUGCGAAAUAUUACAUAUGAUUAAUAAGUGUACGAUAUAGUGAAUGAUACGGGUAAUGGUUAUUGUAAAAUUUCAAAAAAUGCUCUUCAAGAGACAUCGGUAGCAAUGUAGCUCGUAUCAUUAAAGAGAAAUCACUCGUGAUUUUAUUGUACAGAUUAUUUCGAUUAAUUAAGAUUAAUAAUAUACUCAUUGUUCCAUGACUUCCCUACUCAAUAAUACGUUAGCAAAAAAUGACAGUAUUAGAAUCAGAAGAAGAUACAGAUAAACGGUCGGUGCCACCUAGAAAAAAAUUUUGCUUAUCUCUUUCAAACCGCGAACGUACAUUUCCUAGUACCAUUCCUAAGCCCCCUCAUACUUCUUCCAGAGGGGGCCUCUUCGACAGACCAGAUUUCUUAUAUAGUACAGGCAAAAUGAUGAAUGGUUACCGCAAUCAAUUGAGUAAUCAUCAGGAUGGAAGUUACGAUAUUUCAGGAUUAGGAACGGAAGGAUUAAAAAUAGCGACUCUAUGUAAUCUAGGAAACACAUGCUUCUUGAACAGUGUUAUAUAUACUUUAAGAUUUGCACCAUCCUUCUUACACAAUUUACAUCAUCUUGCUACUGAUUUAUCAAAUUUAAACGAUAAGCAACUACAAACUAAAAUCAAAUCUUCAUCCUUGGGUAGAACCGGUGUAUCGUUAACAGCAAGUGGUAGUCGUAGUUGGAGUAGUAAAGAUUUAUUGGCCUUAGCUGGUCCAACCGGAGAAGUCAACAAGCCUCGAAUACAAAUAGCAACAGAAAAAUUGCAUAGUUUGUUUAUGGCACUACGUGCAUCGGAAGCAAGAGAAAACUGUGAACCGUACCAACCAGAUGCAUUUUUACAAGCACUUAGAGAAGUAAAUCCUAUAUUCGAAGGAAACCAACAGCAAGACGCUCAUGAACUUUUAGUUUGCUUACUCGAUAAUAUUAGAGAAACCUUUCAACUUUUAGUUAGACACAGAGAAAGUCAGUUUGGACAGAACAACGCAAGUUUCUCUGAACUUUCUGCGGAGCAACAAACGGACGUUCAAUCGGAGGAUAGUAAUGCAAGUAAACGCAGUAUUAGGAAAUCACGAAAGAAAAAGAAGAUUACAUCUCGAGGAAGUUCAAUUUGUUUAAUUCCAUCGAAUACAAAUGGCGUUUCUUCGUCGAGGCCGUAUGAAAAUGGUCAUGCAGAAUUUCCUGAAAGUAACGGGGAUAUAGGAAAUCAUAGACCGGAAAGUAAAAAAUGUUUUAUCUCUGAAGACUUCGAGGGUAUCAGUUUGUUAAGAACAACGUGUCUAGAAUGUGAACAUGUUACCGAACGAAAGGAAACAUUUUGUGACAUAUGUGUCCCCAUUGACGUUAAUAGAUCAAACGAGAAAGACGACGAAGGACGAUCUGUAGACAGCAGCGAAGUGUAUAGGCGUGCUGUAGUAACCAGUGAAUUUCUGGUUGGUAGGGAUAAGUAUUGGUGUGCACGUUGUCUAAGAUAUAAUGAAGCACGACGAGCAGUUUGUUUCCCCUGCUUGCCUCGACUUCUGAUCUUACAAUUGAAAAGAUUUUCUACCAAAGCUGGGUCAAUGGAAAAAAUCAAUAAUCAUAUGCCUACUCCGCUAACACUACAAUGCUUCUGCGAAGAGUGCUAUAACAAGCACGUCCAUGGAAAUGUAUCUGCGAAGGAUCAAACACACGAAUAUAAACUUUAUUCUGUUAUCAUGCAUCAGGGUGCAACCAUGACGGCUGGUCAUUAUGUUGCUUACACACGAUUACCCGAUGAGUCUGCAUUAGCGGAAUAUUUUAAUUGUGACAGGGACAGUAAACGUCAAACCACUGGUCAGAGUAGUAGUAGCACAAAUACAAAUUCCUCUUCCUCCGACAAAACGUCGAGUAUUUUUAAAUACUUCAAGAAACCAAGUGUUAGUGAGAAUAAGGAACAAUUAGUAAAAGUCGGCUGUCGCAGUAUGGAAUGCUGCGGUUUUAGAAAUUCUAAGUAUACUAAAUUAUCCGAGCAAGGGGUUUGGCUGGAGUGCGACGAUGAAGCGGUACAUGUAAUUCCGUUAAGACAGUUGGAAGAUAAACUGGCACCAAAUCCACGAAAUUCCGCCACCCCUUAUCUCUUGUUCUAUGUGAGAUCCCCGAGGUAAGCCUUAUUCUUAAAACAAUGUCGGAUGUCUAUAUAAAAAACUAAAGUCUCGAAGAUAAUCGUGCAAAAGGCCUCACUUUUCCUCGCCAAUAAAUCGUGCUAUGAUGUUAACACACAUUCCAGAUAUAUAUAUAUAUACAUAUAUAUAUUUAUCCUAUACGAUUGUAUCGGGCUUAGAUGAAUGUGUAUAAUUUUCGUAGAAAAUAAAUUAUAUACUAUAA